CAUUAACGUGGUUACCAGCUCAUAGCUUUAGUAUUAUAGAUCAGCGGCCUGGUCCAGGAGCCAGUCAAUCUCUCUCCUAGGAGCUUCCGUAAACAAAUCUACUCUAGCUGCAAAAAUCAUCAGCCAUGUCAGACUAUUCAGUCUCAGACUUUGAGGAAGAUAUCAAGGAAGAUGCCCAAGACAGCGAUGUUGAGCCAGUCAUGGUUGAAAUAAGAGGUCGUGGAACAAAGGACAGUCCUGUCACAGCUCGGCGAAGUCCAGUUUCGGGCAGGCCGACUGGCCGGUCAUCGCAGAGAAGUGCAAGAGAUAAUGAACUGGAUUAUGAUUCUGAAGAACUCGGAAUCAUUGACGACGAUGAUGAUGAUGAAUCAAUUGAAGAAGUUGGUGUCGAGGCAAGACCGUCAGCACGUCCACCACGCAGUUCUCGUAAUGUAUCUGCACGGAAUGGGAAAAGGCCAAUAAACAUGACCCCUCCAAACCAGUUGCUUAAAAAAGCCAUAAAGAAAGCAAACAGAUUAUCAGAAGAAAGAAAGGUUGAGAUGGCUAUUAAAGAAAGAAUAAGAAUCCUAGCUCUGACCAGGAUAGUGUAUGGAAGCUCUUGCUGGAGACUGGCUGAAGCCCACACAAAUUUGGCUGAAGAUUACCUGGAGCUGAAAAAUUUCACAGCACAAGCUGAGUACCACACUGAAAAUGCCAUGACGAUAAUGCUCAACACGGUUGCUAUGACUACCAGUGACCAGGAGAAGGCGUCUGUGUUCAGUGUGCUCUUCCGACUAAACUACAUCCAGGGAAAGGCUCAGAUUGCCAUGAAGAAGUACAGCGAGGCGGAAAAUGCUUUGAAAAAGGCUGACCGGGCUUACCAGGCCAUGUCCAAACUGUCCUGUGUCACAGACGAUGAAUGUGACAAUAUGGAAAUCAAACUAGCUCAGGCACAGGCUAGGUUGUCAUGGCGACAGAAGAAGUAUGCAGUUGCUGGCACCCAGUAUGACAAGGUGAUUGACCUGACCAAGAGGAGGCUGGGAGAUGACGCAGUAGAGCUCAUAGAGCUCUAUCAGGAGAGUGGACGUUUGGAACAGUCGAAGGGUCGUCAUGCUAAUCACGAUAAAGCUAUAGAGCAGUUCCUACAGGCCCAUUCCAUAGCUGCCUCAAGGUAUAAAUAUGCCAGUGAGGAAAUUGUUGAUACUGCGUUGGCCCUGGCUCAAGCAUAUGCAUCAACUGGCAGAGAGGAGGCGGAAAGUUCAGCAGAAAGCUAUCUCAAUGAAUGUCUGUCAUCCUGUACCACUGUAUUCGGACCUGAUCACCAGAAGACCCUAGAAGUGCAGGACGAACUGGCGAGGCUUCUCGUGAGAGCAAAUAGGCAAACAGAAGCUAUGGAUCUCCUGAAGGCCAGUAUCCCCCUGAAGAACGAGGUAUAUGGAGACUACUCUGAAUCUGUGGCCGACACGUACAAGCUGAUUGCCUCCAUCCAUCUGGCACAGGGAAAUAUCGAGAAAUCACUGAGAGCAUAUAAGAAGUGUCACAACAUCGAGGUGCUUGUGCUGGGUAAGAACCACAAGAAAACAAAGGACACAGAGAGGACUCUUGACCUGUUAAUGGCAUCACCAGGACUAUCAAAGAAGUUUGUACUCAAUACAGACGACGAACUGAAAAAGAGGCCGCGUUUUAAUGCCGUUUCAAAAACUGUUAAAUCCAAAUAGGAAACAUUUAAAGCGUAAAUAAAAAGUAAUUGGAGCUUUUUUAGGGAUACUUAAUAAGGCAUGCAAAGUGUCACAAAUGCUAGUUUCUUGCGUCAAAAACAUGCCUUAGCAUCACUUUAUAAAUAUUUAAUUUAAUGCUAUAUCAAAAAAAAGUGUACUUGACAGUUUAAGUGGUGUGAUAUAAGCAAUUGUUGUUAAUCAUAUUUUUAUACCUCCAUUACUAGCAGAAGGGGUUAAACAUGAAUGGCCUUGGCCACCAGCUGUCCCUCCGUCUGUUGACCAAAUUUUGUUUGAGACAUUUUCAUGCAUUUUUUUAGAUAAACAAUAGUUUCUUCUUAAACCUCUUUGCCCAGAUUUGGUAUGUAACAUGGCAUUGUGUUCCUCCACUAAAAUUAUUAGAGUAUGGCCCCAGAGUCAAAACGGGUCUCACAUUUGGCCCAGCACAAAGUGUUCAAAAAUACACCCUUCUGUUCAAAACUGGCUACCCAAAAGAAUUGUUAUUCUUUAAAUUAUCAAUUUAUAUUGACAUGUGGCGUCGCAGGGGGGGGGGGAUAAUUUUGCGUCAUGGCAACAAGCUCUAGGUUUAUCGGUUAUUCAAAGAAAAGCUACAAGUGUCAUGUACUUAUGGAUUAAGCACAUGCCUUGAUACUUUCAAGUUUAUGUAUAAAUAAAUGUUUGUUAUUUCUUUGUAUUUCAGUUAUUUCUUUGCAUAACAAUAUUAGAAUCAGUAAAUGUUUUUUGUGUGUUCUGUUGAUUUUUACAGAGACGUAGAUUUACGUCUCUGAUUUUUACAAUAAUUUUCUUUUAGAAUGUAUAAAAAAAUUGUUUAUCUCAUUCCGUCCGUUUUCAAUAUAAGUGUGUAGAAUAGCAAAAACUUAGAUUUUUACGAUGUUGUAGCGAUAUAUGCUCUCAUUUGUAUCUUAUACAUUUUCCAACAUAAUCACUGUUUUAAUGGUGACAAAAAUUCGAAUCUUUUUGGAAUGUUUGAUUUUCUAUACAUAUAAUCAGAGUGAAACUUUCUUAACUGAUAGAAACGUUGACGGCCUAUUAUACUUGUAAAAGUGCGUUUAUAAUUAUUUAUUUGUAAAAUUCUCCAAGAAUUUGUUGUGUGAAUAUUAUAUAACUGAGUAUGCUACUUGCUUCAUUGAUUACGGUUCAACGCAAACACUGUUAGUUUGCCUCCAAGACAGGAGCAAAUGGUCACAAGUAAUCAUUAAGUAUACAAGCAAGUUCGUCUUUACUAGGCGAAAUAAGUUCCUUUGUAACAGAGGAAAUAAGUACCUUUGUAGAUCUACUCUUAUUCUUCAUAGUAAAACUUACUUAUUGUGUCAUUAUAGCAAAAUAUCACUAUUUGCAAUUUUAUUACAUAGGUAAUAAACAUAAAUCAAAAGUUAUUGAUUUUGUCA